CAUAAAGAGGAGGACUUGAUGCACGGGGGUGGUGCGGGUAUUGGCGGGGGUUCUAUGGUCGGACAGAACUCAAUAUUUGGGUGCUCGGCUGCAGGACACAGCGGGGUUAACCAGCUUGGCGGUGUUUACGUCAAUGGCCGACCAUUACCAGACUCUACAAGGCAGAAGAUCGUUGAACUGGCCCACAGUGGUGCUAGACCCUGCGACAUCUCGCGCAUACUGCAAGUCAGCAAUGGUUGCGUCUCCAAGAUACUAGGCAGGUACUACGAGACCGGUUCAAUUAAACCACGUGCAAUUGGCGGUAGCAAACCACGUGUGGCGACCACGCCGGUAGUGAACAAAAUCGCCGACUAUAAACGGGAGUGUCCAUCGAUUUUCGCUUGGGAGAUUCGCGAUCGACUUUUGCAAGAGGGUGUUUGCAACAACGACAACAUACCGAGCGUGUCGUCCAUCAACAGGGUGCUGAGGAACCUCGCCUCGCAGAAGGAGCAACAGGCGGCGGCAGUGCAAGCGCAUCAGGGUGCCGAGAGCGUGUACGAUAAGCUUCGGAUGUUCAAUGGGCAGGCUGCAGGUUGGCCACCGGCUUGGUAUUCCGCUACGCCCUCUCAUCAUCCCUUGGCCACGGGAAUCCCGACGGCGGCGACCCCGGGCUCUGGCCAGUCGCUUCUACCCGGCAGCCAGCUUCACGGCCGCGACGAUUCCCUGCUCAAACGAAGCGACACGGGCUCACUGUUGUCGCAUCAGCAGGAGGCCACGUCGGAUGGCAAUUCGGAGCACAACUCGUCCGGCGACGAGGAUUCGCAGGUACGGCUGAGGUUAAAACGGAAGUUGCAGCGCAAUCGAACGUCCUUUUCCAACGAACAGAUCGACAGCCUCGAGAAAGAAUUCGAGCGGACACAUUACCCGGACGUGUUUGCACGGGAGCGUCUCGCCGAGAAGAUUGGAUUGCCUGAGGUGUGGUUCAGUAAUCGCAGGGCGAAGUGGCGUCGAGAGGAGAAAUUACGGAACCAAAGGAGGGCAGCCGUCGAUCAGGUAGUCGGCGGUGGCAGCAGCGGGGGUGGAAGCAGCACCGCGCCCCCUGCCGCGACCCCCGCCACGCCACGGUUACCCUUAAACGCCGGAUUCAACGCCAUGUACUCGUCGAUACCGCAGCCGAUCGCUACGAUGCCCGACACUUACAGCUCGAUGUCGAGCAGCUUGGGCGGGUCAAUGGGUGGAAGCUGUCUUCAGCAGCGCGCCGAGGGAUAUCCGGCGUACGUGUUCCACGAGCCCCUUCACUCGCUGACGCAGUCUUACUCCCACGCACACAGCACUGCUGCGCAUUCGCAACCCCAUCGCGGUAUACCGACCUCUCAUGGUGGAACCCCCACCACGCCAGGAGGACAGCCUGCAGGACCAGGUGGUGCGCCCUACCAACCAACGACCUCGACCGCCACUGGCGUGAUAUCGGCGGGCGUCUCUGUGCCUGUCCAGAUCCCGUCUCAGACUCCAGACCUGACAGGCAACUAUUGGCCGAGGCUCCAGUGAUCCCAGCUCUUCGGGUUCCCGCCCGCGAGCCUGCUCGUCGGC